AUGGUCCUAUGGCAUCCCCCUGAUGCACCUUGGGUGAGGCUGAACACAGACGGUGCCUUCUCUACAUCGACACUGGCGGCGGGAGAGGGAGGAUUGGUUCGUGGUUCUGAUGGAGGCCUUCUGCAGGCUUUUUGUGCUCCGAUAGCUGCAUCAUCGAGCUUUGAAGCGGAGCUUUUGGCUCUGAUUCGGGCUGCUAUCAAGGGAUGGUCUCUGACUCAUUUGGACAUCAACAAUGCUUUCCACUAUGGUGAUCUGGAAGAAGACAUUUAUAUGACAUUACCACCGAGGCUUGAAGUGGACUGGAUGGCUGUUGAGGGGGCUACACCAGAUUCAACUUUAUCAGCGUCCGAUCAUUCUUUCUUCUAUAAAUCAGAUGGAGCAGCUGGAUUCUUUGGCAUAGCGGUAUAUGUUGAUGAUAUCUUGGUUGCCACCACUGAUCCAGAAAUGACUAAUAGCUUCAAGGAUUUCCUCACACAACACUUCAAGUUCAAGGGUCUUGGAGUCCCAAAAUAUUUCCUUGGACUUGAGAUAGCAAGAAAUAAGAAAGGAAUCCAAGUUUGUCAAAGGAAAUACACCAUGGAUCUUCUUAAAGAUACAGGCUUCUUGGGAUGUAAACCAUCUUCUGUUCCCAUGGGUCCAGUUAAGAAGUUGCAGCUGGAUUCAGGUUCACUUUUAGAAGAUGCUUCUAAAUAUAGAAGACUCAUUGGAAGACUCUUGUAUAUGUGCAUAACUCGGCCAGAUAUCACCUUUGUUGUACACAAGUUGAGUCAAUAUGUGUCGAAACCUUGCAUUGAACACUGGCAAGCAGUUGAAAGAGUUCUGAAAUAUCUCAAGGGAACUCCAGGUCAUGGAUUAUUUUACUCCAGUAGCAGCAAACCUACUCUGAGCAUAUUUUCGGAUGCAGAUUGGGCAGCAUGUCCAGAUACCAGGAAGUCCAUGACUGGGUAUUGUCUAUUCCAUGGAAAUUCUAUGAUUUCUUAG